AUGGAAAAUUUUAGUUGUAUUAUGUAUAUUGAAUCACGAUUACUCUAUAAUAAUAUUACAUCAACAAUGCUCAACAAACAAGAUCUAGCACUUUUUAUAGCUCACGAGAAUUUUAUUACUAAAGAUACAUUUAAUCAAGGUAUUUCAAAGUAUCUCAAAAAUCAUCUUUAUUCAAUAGUAGAAAAAACCGAUCGUUGGCAAAAUUUAAAUGAACAAAUGAUUACAGAUAAUAUUUUGUUACCGAGAAAUACUAGUCUUAGUGGUAUAAUGAAUGCAUGGAUUGAUCAGAUAAGUUAUCCUUAUGUAGAAGUAAUACGUGCCUAUUCAAUAAAUAUGAUUUUAAUUAGUCAACAUCAGUUUUUAUUUGAUGUUAAAGCGCAACCACCCAAUUCUCCUGAUAACUAUCAAUGGUAUAUUCCAUUUCAAUUCAAAUCUUUAUGA